GAGUAUUAGAGAAAGAAACAUUUGGGAAGAGUUAGCGAGGAGAGGAGUUUAGGGUCUGAAACAAAUCUUGAAUCUUCAAACCCAACAAAACCAUGACGGCGGAAAUUGAGGCAAACGGCGACGCCGGAGUUCAACAACAAAAGACGGAAAUGGAAAAACCUACCGAAAGCAAUGAAAACCCCUCGGAACCAGUACUAUCGAAGAGAGCAAAGAAGAAGCUAGCGAAGCAACAGAAAUAUGAGGAAAAGAAGGCAGAGAAGAAAGCAGCAGCAAAGGAACAGAAGAAGAAGGAAGUCGAAAGAAAGCGGAAGGAGUGGGAAGAAAGCAUCGCAAGCAUUCCUGAGGAUGAAAAAAUGAAGCUAAUCGAAUCCCGAAUUAGCCUCCGUAAGGAGAGAAUGGAGAAGAGAACACAAGAGAAAAACGACAGAAAAGAGAGACUCAUGAAAGCUAAAGAACAAGGCCAAAACGUCGUCGUUGAUCUUGAGUUUUCUCACCUCAUGACUCCUAACGAAAUCCGCAGCCUCGUUCAACAGAUAAUGUAUUGCUAUGCGGUGAAUGGAAGAUGUGAAUGCCCUGCACAUCUUUGGCUAACUGGAUGCGAAGGAGAGAUGGAAAAUCAAUUGAACAAGAUUCCUGGAUUUGAUAAGUGGAUAAUUGAGAAGGAAAAUAAGUCUUAUAUUGAAGCAUUGGAAGACCGUAAAGAUGAUUUGGUGUAUCUAACGGCUGACUCGGAUACUGUUCUUGAAGAGCUUGAUUUGAACAAGAUAUAUAUAAUUGGUGGGUUAGUGGAUAGGAAUCGGUGGAAGGGGAUAACUAUGGAGAAAGCUCAAGAGCAAGGAAUUCAAACGGCUAAACUCCCUAUUGCAAAUUUCAUGAAGAUGUCUAGUUCUCAGGUUCUUACUGUGAAUCAAGUGGUAGAAAUACUACUGAAGUUCCUGGAGACAAGAGAUUGGAAAACUUCUUUCUUUGCAGUUAUUCCUCAGAGGAAAAGAUCUCAAGCCGGUUCAGAAGAAAAUGCAAAUAAUACUGUUGAGGAAGAGGAGGAGUGUGAACACAGAGAUGAUCUAGUGGCAAGUAAAAAGCAAUGUGUUGAAGAGGAAGACUGUGAACAAAAAGAUGAACUAAUUGCAAGUAAAAAGCAAUGUGUUGAGGAGACCCCUUCUAACUGUUAGAAUAGUCACUGCCAAACUUGUUUAUGACGUGUAGAGUGUAGAACUGGAAAGCCAACACAUGACAUAAGUUUCAAAUUAGAGCUGCAAGUGCAAUUUCAUACUCACACAGAAUUAGAACAAUAUAUGGAGUGAGUCCUUUUAAAGUUGUCUAUUCAUAAUCUUAGAUGAUUUUAGUCUCUGUUAGAGUAA